CAGAACAGAAAGGAACACAAACUCGUUAAAAGGAAAUCAGUUACAAGUGAAGGAAAAGUGAAUUUUCUCCGAGUGCAUGAGCAGUUUAAAUUUUAGUUCGAGAGUGAAUUAGUUGGCGUGAAGGAAUACAGUUUUUCACAGUUAUUGGAGCAGGCAACUCCAAAGGAAAAUAUUUUGAUUGCGGUUGCAAAGGAUUUAAAGCCGACCUUUCCAAAGAGUCGCACCGAGAUGAAGUCGCUGAUACCGUUGGCCCUGGUGGUCGCGCUGGCCGUACUCGCGUGUACCGCCGCGGAGGAUAAGAAGGAGCAGGACUACGGAACCGUGGUCGGAAUCGAUCUGGGCACGACGUACUCGUGCGUGGGAGUGUACAAGAACGGACGCGUGGAGAUCAUCGCCAACGACCAGGGUAACCGUAUCACGCCGUCGUACGUGGCCUUUACCGCGGACGGUGAGCGGUUGAUCGGCGAUGCCGCCAAGAAUCAGCUGACCACGAACCCGGAAAACACGGUGUUUGACGCUAAGCGACUGAUUGGCCGUGAGUUCACCGACGCCACCGUCCAGGGGGACAUUAAGUUGUUCCCGUUCAAGGUGUUGGAGAAGAACUCGAAGCCGCACGUGAAGGUGUCGACCAGCCAGGGAGAUAAGGUGUUCGCACCGGAGGAAAUCUCCGCCAUGGUGUUGGGCAAGAUGAAGGAAACCGCCGAAGCUUAUCUGGGCAAGAAGGUCACGCACGCCGUGGUUACGGUGCCAGCCUACUUCAACGAUGCUCAGCGACAGGCCACCAAGGAUGCCGGAACCAUUGCCGGGUUGAACGUGAUGCGUAUCAUCAACGAGCCGACUGCGGCCGCCAUUGCGUACGGUCUGGACAAGAAGGACGGCGAGAAGAACGUGCUGGUGUUCGACCUGGGCGGCGGUACCUUCGACGUGUCCCUGCUGACCAUCGAUAACGGAGUGUUUGAGGUCGUUGCCACCAACGGAGAUACCCAUUUGGGAGGUGAAGAUUUCGAUCAGCGCGUGAUGGACCACUUCAUCAAGCUGUACAAGAAGAAGAAGGGCAAGGAUAUCCGCAAGGACGUACGUGCCGUGCAGAAGCUGCGUCGUGAAGUUGAGAAGGCGAAGCGUGCUCUGUCCUCCAGCCACCAGGUUCGCAUUGAAAUCGAGUCGUUCUUCGAGGGUGAUGAUUUCAGCGAGACCCUGACCCGUGCCAAGUUCGAGGAGCUGAACAUGGAUCUGUUCCGUUCGACCAUGAAGCCCGUCCAGAAGGUGCUGGAAGAUGCCGACAUGAACAAGAAGGAUGUUGACGAAAUCGUGCUGGUCGGAGGAUCCACCCGUAUCCCCAAGGUCCAACAGCUGGUCAAGGAAUUCUUCAACGGCAAGGAACCGUCCCGCGGUAUCAACCCCGAUGAAGCCGUCGCGUACGGUGCUGCCGUCCAGGCUGGAGUGCUGUCCGGAGAGUCGGAAACCGAAGCUAUCGUGCUGCUCGACGUCAACCCGCUGACCAUGGGUAUCGAAACCGUCGGAGGAGUCAUGACCAAGCUGAUCCCGCGUAACACCGUCAUCCCAACCAAAAAGUCCCAGAUCUUCUCGACCGCUUCGGACAACCAGCACACCGUCACCAUCCAGGUGUACGAAGGUGAACGUCCCAUGACCAAGGACAACCAUCUGCUCGGCAAGUUCGACCUGACCGGAAUCCCACCAGCACCCCGCGGCAUCCCGCAAAUCGAAGUCUCGUUCGAAAUUGACGCCAACGGUAUCCUGCAGGUGUCGGCCGAGGACAAGGGAACCGGAAACCGCGAAAAGAUCGUCAUCACCAACGACCAGAACCGUCUCACCCCCGACGACAUCGACCGGAUGAUCAAGGACGCCGAACGGUUCGCCGACGACGACAAGAAGCUGAAGGAGCGCGUCGAAGCCCGCAACGAGCUGGAAAGCUACGCGUACAGCCUCAAGAACCAGCUCGGAGACAAGGACAAGCUCGGCGCCAAGGUCGCCGACGACGACAAGACCAAGAUGGAGGAAGCGAUCGACGAGAAGAUCAAGUGGCUCGACGAGAACCAGGACGCCGAAUCCGAAGAGUACAAGAAGCAGAAGAAGGAACUGGAAGAUGUCGUCCAGCCGAUCAUUGCCAAGCUGUACGCCAGCAGUGGCGGCGCUCCUCCACCAGCGGGCGGUGAAGACGAAGAUCUCAAGGAUGAGCUGUAAAUUUGCGAUCGAUCCUUUAGUUUAGCGUAAUUCCUUUGUCCGUCAGUCGUCGAUCUAGUUGUCGUGCUUCCCCGCCACACGGGGGACCAGCCGGUAGCACUAGAAAGAUAGAGAGUUCCACAGUGAGAACGCGAGCGUGAAUACGAGAGAGAUCCGAGUGUUCGUGAACUAGGCAAGUUAGGUGUUCUCAUCUCAUUUUUCAGAUGGGAGUUAAACAAAAAGAAAAACAAAGUAUAAUUUAAUGAGCAACUGAAUACACUUACGAGAGCGAAAGACAUCGAUUCGUCUUAAUUUAUUGUUUCUUUUUUUCAUUAUUCUUCUUUUGUUAAUUUGCUUCGCUCCAGUAGAAGUGGCGAGGCGAGAAAAGAUUUGUGCAUUUGUCCCCCCCCUUCCCCAAAUGUCUAAACUCCGAUCCGAAAGCUUAAUUUUGGUUCUAUUCUUUUCUCACCCACCCACCAAAACAACCCCCCCAACAAAUAUCGACUGAUUGUAAUGUAAGUGUGCUGCUGAGCGCGAGCGUGAUUUUUUUUCUGUUUUGUUCAAGACAAUGCGAUUCAGAGAGGAGGAAGUAAGUUGUAAAACGAGAUAAAAAUAAUGAAUACAUUAAAAAAAGGUCUUAGGAAAACUAUUAGCAUUUUCAAAGAGUCGCGAUUGAGAACAUCAAACAAACAAAUGAAACACACACACAAAGUG